CAAUCCAUGUAAAAUAUAUUAGGGUUCAUCAAAUCCGGAACAACUAGAAGAUUAGUCGCACAUUAUGAGAUUUAGAAAGAUGAAGGUUGAGAACAUUACCAUGAUGACAACGACGAUGAAGAGGGAGGGGUCGACAAUACUGUAUAUAUAUUGAGUUAAUAGACUACACCAGGCAAAAUUGCGACAGGGGAAUAAUCGUUGGGCGAAAACGAUGGAAACCGACCAAUCUACUACCACAAAUGAAUAUCAAAACCCCACAGAAUAGAAGUUUAUUUCGUAAUCUCAAUAACGUAAUAUACACGGUAUUACCAAAUACGACCACAAACAUGGGAACUACAAUGGAUGAAAUACAAGAUAUGAUUAAUGAAAUAAAAACAUUAACAAAAGUUUGGAAUCAAAUUGGACAGAGUUUCAGCUAACUUCAAACACAAGAAAGAAAGAAAGAAAGAAAGAAAGAAAGAAAGAAAGAAAGACCAAAGUCUCAAAGUAGGGGUGUGUAGUGUGUGUUCUUCUCUUGCAAGCUUCUAUUUAUACGAAGAAGCUCUAACGUGAUCUAGGAACAUGACUGUGUUCCAGACCGUGUUCAUAGCUGGACGCUAGAUCGAUGUGUCAGCAUGGUAGAGAUUGAUUGGCUGAAUUUUUUACUCAACGUGGUCGACGAAGACGGUCGUGUUCCAGACCGUGUUGACUAGUCAUGGACGAAACUAUCGCUUGAUCUCUUUAAACGUGCAGAAAAGGUUGACGUGCCCAACAACCACGACCAUGUUCCUGAGCCAUGUUAGAUCCAACAACCGACAACGUCGUAAAUGUGAUUCCAUCGAAAUAAAUGUGAAACGUGAUUCUGACAGUGAACAUGGCUCUGUUCAUGCCCACAUUCACCCUUUGACAGCUCCUUGACUUUUAUUGACGUGGUCUUCAAUGUGGCCUUAAACGUGGUAUGUGAACAUGGCAUGUUGAUGCCCACAUUGACCCUUUGAAAGCUUUUUGACUUUUGUUGACGUGGUCUUCAACGUGGCCACGUUCCAGGGUGUGUUGCACUGAACGUGGUCUGUGAACAUGGCCAUGUUAAUGGCCACGUUGACCCUUAGAAAGCUCUUUGACUUUUGUUGACGUGGUCUUCAACGUGGCAACGUUCCAGGGUGUGUUGCCCUGAACGUGGUAUGUGAACAUGGCCACGUUGAUGCCCACGUUUACCCUUUGAAAGCUCCUUAACUUUUGUUAACGUGGUGUUCAACGUGGCCACGUUCUAGGGUGUGUUACCCUGAACGUGGUUUGUAUUCAUGUUGAUGCCCACGUUGGACCUUUUGACAACUUUUCCUUAUGUUUAGUAGGAGACGGUUUGACUCUGCAUUGCUAACUACCUCUUUCUUCGUGUUUUAUCACCAUAAUACACACUGGGUUUCGUAUAUUGACACCAAAAGGGGAAGCGCCAAAUUUCAAACCCUAACCAUCUUUUUGUAGAAGCAGCUCAUUUUUUCGUUCUUAUUAGAUAGAAUACCCUAAAACAUCACUCAAACACAAAACCAAGCGUAAAAUCGAGAAAUCAAAUAAACUUGGUACCGUUUAGGUCAUUUUAGGAUGCAAAAGUGUAGGUGAAUAUAUGUAUUGUAGACACCACAUUUUGUCCGGAGCAACCAUCCUACUCAAAACUCGAAAGAAUAUCCUAAUUAAAAUUCAAAAUGGAAAUUAAAGUGAAAGUGAAAGUUUGGACGAGGUUGGUUGAGAUUAGCAGUGGCAAAUCAAUAAGUACCAACGAUUUCCAAGUUCACUUUUUAUUUAGUCCUAAUAUUUGUACUAGGUUAGUAGUGGCUAAUAGCUCCCAAAUUCGCUUUAUUUAUAACAAGAGUAGUAUGCCGUCACAACCUAUACUAAUAUUACCAUAUCUAGUUAACGAUUGGUGGCAUAGGUUUAAAAUUGCUCAAAUGGGAUAGGUGGAAAAUGGUAAUCUUAGUAAUAUUGGUCAAAAUUCAUAGCUAGGAACUAUUUACUUAGAAGUUGGGAUUUGGGUUACGAUUGGAGAAAAAGCAAGCAAAUUGGGUUGGAAAGAAUCAUUGGAAUGUUUGGGCCAUACAUUUCAAUAAUUAAAUCAACAUUCUAAUGAUAAGUCACAAAAAUAAUUACAUGCGUAAUUACAAAGUAAAAAUGUACACUUAAUAAUUAUUACAUUUAAAAGAUCAACAAAUAAGAAAUUAAGAACAAAUACAAAGAAAAGACUUCUUCCAUCUUUGGGCACCAAUCAGAAUUGGAGGCCUAGCCUUUUAGGCUUUUUGGGCCUCCAUAGAUCAUCAUCUUGGGCCACAAACAUAUCAAGGACCAGCAAAAAAAACUAUUAGAAAUUAGCCCAAACCAGCAGCCCACAUUUAGACCCAAUUUUCAAACCAUAAACCCAAUUCAGGCCCAUGAUUUGUGGCCUAGUCCGAUUAGGUCAACCAAUUCAGUCAACCAAAGAAACACUGGUCGACCCGGUCACUUCUAUUCGAACCGGUCAACCAACCCCAUUGUCCAUAUCACAUCCCAAGAGGCAGCAGAUCCAUAUCACAUCUCAAGAGCCAACAGAUUUUUACUGCCAUUCUCUCAAAAACAACAAAACGACCACCUCCUCUUAAGACCAACAGAAUUUUGCCAUCACAGGGGAUGGAUCAGUCCACCACUUCAAGAACAAAUACAAAGUGGCCAGCACAAAAGGAAGCUUCAGUAAAAGGGGAGUAUAUAUGAUGUUUCUUACCUCAACGAUAAGGGAGGCAGAGGGAAAGGAAAAAAGCUAAAAAUACUAAAGAGACAGAGCACUAAACACUAAAGGUGCAGACCAGGAGCAUUAAGAAGCACGAAGGGGGCAGAGAGUCAGAGAUAGCAAGAAGCCAUCGCCGUCAAACUCCACCACCAAACAACAAAAUACACAGGUUGGUGUUUCUUCACUCCACCAAUCACACAAGCAUAUAUUCAUCCAUAUAUCCAUAUAGUAAUAUGAAAUCAUUUAAUAUGAUUGUAACUGAUGCUUCUUAUUUCAUAAUCCAUUAGAUAGAGUGCUUAAAUCUUUAUGUGAAGCGGGCAUCAAGAAAUUUUGAUUUUUGUAACAGGUAUGCCUCUUUACGCCGUUCAUUUCUUUCGUUAUAUGCUAUGAUAGACAUCUAGCUUUUUAUCACCUGCAUGCUAAGAAUCGACUUAGAUCGCUUUCAGUUUUCUAGAAAGCAUAAUUCUUGCUGAGUGUCUACCUAAACAUAGUGCUCUAAUCAGCUAGAUUAGUCCAUUUACUCUUUUAACACAUCAAUAAUCCAACAAUCCAUUCAAAACAAAAAAGGAAUUCAAACCAGACACUUGGGAGAGUAUUUUAAAAUACCUCUUUUUGUGUUUAAGGGCACCCUUUUUUUUACCCAAUUACCAAAUUUUGGUAAUUACAAAGUUCUCUUUUUAGUUAUUGUUUUGUAUGCCUAACACAAUAAAAGCCCUAAUGUUAUUGAGAAUUUCAUAUUUUACCAAUUCAUAUUAGUUUUUUUCAAUCAAUCGUUUCACCAAAUCCCAAUUCUAGAAGAAAGAUUCCCACCAAAAUUAUGGUCAUAAUGAGUAGCUUUGAUUUCAAAUUACCCUAGGAUCAUUAUAGACCUUCAAAAUUUAAUAAAGCAAGUUUUCAUCUUUAACAACAAGCCUAGCAGGGGUUUGAAAAAAGAUCUAUUUUCUUAACACCAAAGAGAUUCAUAAGUUUUUCUUAACAACCUAACAACUAAAAUUCUUAAGUUUUUCUUAGCAACCUCGUAAUAACCUAUUUAAAUUUUAUUAACAAAAUCCUUAAUAUGAGAAUCACAAUCAGUGGAACGUGGUUACAACUAAAUUAUCACAAUUCGAACGAACUACGUGGACUUUGAUCCCGUGUUACGGGUACGUAGGCAACUGAUAAGGUUUGAGUCCAACUAAUCAACAAACUUUAUCUUUAAAUUGUACGUUAGUGGGCGUAUAAUUAAAUCGUAAACUAAUAAGAUAAAAUAAUUUAAUGUUCUAGUGGGAACCCAAAAAUAUAAAAUUAUUACUAAAAAUACACCAACCCAUAAAAACUUAUCAACUUAAGUAGCACCAAUUUUGGGCGUUGUGAGAUGUGAUUUCACUUCCCCUGUUACACCCCGCUCUUCCCAAAAGUCAAAAUGACUAUUAUACCCUUGGGUCAACUUUCACCGUAAUGUCGAGGAGGACUUAAAAUGUGAACUAUCGGUUCAAGCGGUGUCGAAUUUCGACAUAAAAUGAGAAAGUUACGGACAUUAAUUGAGUUUCGGAUUAAUUGAGUUUCGGAUUAAUUGAGUUUCGGAUUAAACAUCAACAUUGUGGUCAUUGGCCAUGUUGACUCUGGGAAGUCAACCACCACCGGCCACUUGAUCUACAAGCUUGGAGGUAUUGACAAGCCUGUGAUCGAGAGGUUCGAGAAGGAAGCUGCUAAGAUGAACAAGAGAUCAUUCAAGUAUGACUGGGUGCUUGACAAGCUGAAGGCCGAGCGUGAGCGUGGUAUCACCAUUGAUAUUGCCCUGUGGAAGUUCGAGACAACCAAGUACUACUGCACAGUCAUUGAUGCCCCUGGACAUCGUGAUUUCAUCAAGAACAUGAUUACUGAAGCAGGCCGUACCUCCCGAGGCCACCAACAAGCGGCGAAGCGGUGACCACAAGUAGACGAGAGAAAUAAGUGCUGCCAUUUAGAAGACAACUUGGAUUGAAUUAAUCCCUGGGUGAUAAUCGAAUUUCGGUGACCCGUGCUACCUGGUGCCGAUGAAAUGAGGCAGAGCAGCUCGCUCUCUUCCCCUGCAGCAGCUCUCGGCCAUGAGUGGAAAAUGGAGUGCGCUUUGAAUUAUUGGACCCGGAGAGAAGCGCGAGCAAUAUACUUGUUCCUAGCAUCGCCAUCAUUGGGAUCAGACAGGAGAAAGCGAAAUUUGACCAUCCUCAUGCUCUCGGUUACAGGUGAUGUGGGGUAUGACAAAAGAAGAUGGAAAACGAGAAGUGAUGGAGGAGGAAGUAAAAUCGGAUCAGUCAACUUGAUCAACCAAUUAGGUGAGUGUAAAGGGGGUAAAUUCUACGCCUUACGUAUUCUUUUAAGUAUUAUGAUUUUAAGUAUUUUUAGCGAAAUGGUUACCGUUGCUUGGUUAUGUUUAUGAUUGAUUAUUUGUGCUUUGCUUGAGCUAUGAUUUGAGGUGAUUUUGUGCUAUUUGAGGUGAUAUGAGGUGAUUUUGUGCUAUUUACCUUAAAGUGUUAUGUUUCAGUUAUUGUUAAAGUUUAAGAAGUAAGUUCUUUUUAAGGAGUAACUCACCUUCAAGAAGGUGAAGUCGUUUUAAGUGUUUUUAGUCACUAGCGCCAGUCCGUUGCCAUUUGAGAUUUUUCAGAUAGAGCAGUAGUUAUGCUCUUGAGAUCUUUGAGGCAGAGCAGCAGUUAUGCUCUUGAGACUUUUAAGAUGAGCAGCAGUUAUGCUCUUGAGAAUCGUGGUGAAGAGCCACCACGAUAAGUUUAAGAUGUUAGGGGGAUGAAUCGUUACGACUCCCCUAACUAAGUUUAAGUUUAAGGAAAGCUUUGAUGGCUUCUCAUACGUAUGAGUUGGCAACCGGACUAGCUAGUGAGGGAUCCACGUGUCAGUCAAGUAUUUAAGUCAAGAUUUGAGCUUUAAGAGAGGAGAGUAACUUCAACUCCCUCAAAGUUUAAGAGUUAAGAUUUUAAGAUUGAAAGUCCAAACAAUUUCCACUAGUCAAAGUUAAGUGUUUAAGUAAAGUAUUCAAGUAUUAGAAUUAUUAAAACGUAAGGGCGUAGACUGACCCCAACUCACUCACCAGGCCUUAGUAAUAAUUAUUAAAACGUAAGGGAGCAGACUGACCCCAACUCACUCACCAGGCCUUAGUAAGGAAAUGAGCGAGAACCAGAUCAGUAGCAGCUAGCUAGAGGAGCAGUGAGAGAGCAGCGAGUUCGAGAGGAAAAGUUCGACGGCAGCCAGCUAGAGGAGGGUAGUGCAAGAGUCACGGAGGAUGCCUAGUUAAGAUUUUUAGUAGCAGCAACGACAGAGACUACCUAGUUAUUUGCAUUUUAUGAUUAUGAGUAUAGACUGGAGAUCAGAUUGAGAUUUUAAAGUUUGAGCUUAUUUUGCCCAUGUGUUAGGGCUUUGCUUUGAACUACAAGAGUGUAUUUUCAGUAUUUUAUUAUGAGAUUUUUCCUGUUGAAAUUCAAGAUUUGGUUAUUUUAUUUUUCAAGGGCAUUUUAGUAAAAGUAGUACCCGGCCGGGUUAGGGUGUUACAUCCCCACGUAACCGUACUCCCGAACCCGAAUCUCCUAAUUGAAAACCAAGCCCAGUCCUGACGCUAAGGUUAGAACCGACCGAUGAGUGUUCGAUCCACUCCAAGUAAGAUCGAUGGUGACUCCAAAAGCGAACGCGACCGACCCCGGAGGGACGGUUGCGACAUGUAUAAUUCAGGUAUUAUCAAAUUCCCCCACAUUUAGUCCUUUGCUUGCCCUCAAGAAAAGCAUGAAAAAUGUAAUUUCAAUCAAAACCAAUUCCACAAGAACUCUAACCGUGAGUUGGGAAAAUGUGAAUCUCAUAUGAUUGCUAAAGAUGAUGCAAUAUGUAGCUUGAUGGAGAUGCUUUCAACCACCACCAAUGACAUUUGAUCAUAAUACUCAUGUGACAUGGGAUACUCUGAAUCUGAUUUAUAAGAAUAGUCUAGAAUAAUGAUUGGUCUUUCAUCAUAUUCAAUUGUUCAAACAUAGGAAUUGCAAAGCAUAGCAUAAGAGAUCGAGCAAAUAGAUCUUACUUGGAUUUUUAGAAAUGAUGGAAAGUCUCUCUCAAAAAUGCAAAAGCGUGAUGUACUUUGACAUACAUUUAGAAACACUCACCCUAUCAUCCCUCUGUCAUGAGCUUGUUGUUCGAGUCUCAAAAAUUGUGCACCAAUGACUUGUCAUGUAGGACUUUUGAAUUGGUAACAACGUGGUUGGUGGUAUGGACGUGUGGAAGGAUUAUUAUCUUGUGGUGAGUUCAAGGUUCCACAAAUUUUUAUACCAAAUACCAUGACUUUUCUGCAUUUCUUUGUAAAAUAGAAAGGGAGAAACAUUUUUUGAACUUUUCAGAAGCUUGAAAAUAAUCGAUGUGGCUUUUGAGAGAAAAAUGGCUCAUUUUUGUAAGUGCAAAAAAGAUGGCGGUCAAUUCUUAUCCUUUUCUUUUCUUCUUACCACCUAUAUUUUUUUGAAGGAAAUGGCCAACAUUUUGAUUUUUGCACAUGAAGAAACAGUUUCUCCCUAACUCAAUUGUUGUUUGAAUGUAAGCAGAAAGUCAUUUAUUUAAACAAAUCAAACUGAACCUUUGAGAAAUCUCUCUAAAAUAUUGGAGUUUGAAGAGCAAAUGGUUGGUUCAAAACACAACCGGAUGCUUUAGAUGUGGGAAAACGGGACAUAUCAAGGCUGAAUGUCCUCUAGUACAAAAAGAACAAGCCAUGGCUUCAACAUGGAGCUUCAGCCAAGAAGAAGAUGAAGAUGAAACAAGAGAAGAAAGUUACAUGGCUAUUGAUUUUGAGAAACCAUCAGAGGGACACAACUCAAACGAGGUAAAAUCUUCCAACCAUACUUAUCUUAGCGAUAGUGAUUACUAUAGUGAUGAUGAUCAAUUAGUGUCCACCAUCAAGGAAAUUCAGUUAGAAUUUGGAAAGGUUAAAGUAAAAUACUCAAAAUUAAAAUCUGAUUAUUCCAAAAUAAAAAUUGAAUAUGAUGAACUAAAGAAGGAGGCGUUCAGAUUAAAGGAAGAGUUAAAAGAAACUACUAAGAAAGUUGAAGUCUUAGAAGAUGAGAAAUCCAGUAUCACAGUAAAACUUCAAGAAUCAU